CUUACAAUAACUCUCCCAGUGUGAUGUCACUGAUGGAUUCAUCACCUCUCUGCUUCUGCUCCUCAGUGGAUCUGAAAAUGACUCACUACAUCCCCCGCCCCCUUAAAUUCCGCUGGGAACCAGCACCAAACUGAUAAAAGUGGACGCGUUCGGCAAAGCGGAAAAAGACGAGCGAGAGUCGCAGCCGUAGCAGAAGUUGCACUAUGGAGUUUGGCACAUUAGCGCUGUUUACACUUGUUUCCUCCUUCUACAACGUGUUGGCACUAUCGCCCACAGACGUGUGUCUCCUUCAGGUGGACGAGGGACCCUGCAGGGCAGAGAUUGAGAGCUACUUCUACAACACCAUCACGCAAAAGUGCGAGAUUUUCUACUAUGGGGGGUGCCAGGGGAAUGCCAACAACUUCAGGAGUUACGAGCAGUGCCAGAAGACAUGUUUCAGAAUCCCAAAGAUUCCACAGAUCUGCAGGUUUCCUAAAGAAGAGGGACCCUGUCGUGCCCUCCUCCGCCACUACUUCUUCAACAUGACCACCAUGCAGUGCGAGACCUUUUAUUAUGGGGGCUGUCACGGGAACUCGAACCGCUUCAAGGACCAUACCAGUUGCAUGGAGUACUGCAGCCCACGGAAAACUGUUCCCGUGCUCUGCUUGGACCCAAUGGACAAAGGGAAGUGUUCGGCCUCCAUGACCCGGUACUACUACAACGGCGCCACCAAGAAGUGCGAGGAGUUCACCUACUCAGGCUGCGGAGGCACCAGCAACAACUUUGUCUCCAGGCAGAGCUGCAAAGACGUGUGUGUUAAAGGAGGGAAGAAGCACACGGGCCUAAGAAAAAUCCGACGCAGGAGAAAGAAUAGAAAUAAUCAAGUCGUUCACGCAGGCGUAGGCGUCUGACUCUCGAUCUCACAGAUGCUCACACGGACGAGCCUGUGACGGAAAGAACCGAGUAUUAAACUGACUGUUUGUGCCAAGAAGAAAAAA